AUGAGAAAGAAGUUAGAACUUGAGGAGAAACCUAUUUGCAAUGUUGUUUCAGUAUAUAGAGAAAGAGGAAAUUACUUGCAACGCUUAGAGCAAUUCGAGAAAGCAAUUUUGGCCUACAACGAAGCGCUGCGAUGGAAUAAAACAGACGUGCGUUCCCUGCUGGGUCGGAGUUUGGCUCGAGCUAAAGCAACUUAUUAUACUGGUGCCUUAAGAGACGCCGCUCGAGCAGCUGAAUUGGAGCCAGAAAAUCUUACGGCUUUACAGAUAAAAGCUCAAACGGAAUAUGAAAAGUGUGCUUUUGAACGAUCGCUUCUGCUUUCAUACAGAGGACAACGACUCCGUAAACUGCCACCAAAUUUUGAGGACUGUGCUAGAUGUGCAGAAGAAACGAUACGAGAAUGCACCGGUCUGAGUGCUUCUAAAAUUAUGUUAGCUGCCGCAAAAUUAUCUCCACCAAUCAAUUUGCUACAAGAUUCACAAAACGGUACAUCAAGAACUACAAUCCGAAAAAGUCGGAUGCAAUCAGAGUCAACACCACAGGUUCAAGAAAUAUCUCGAGUGGAGAGGAAACGAAACGAAAAUAUCAGUCGUCUAAUGGCAUCCAAAUAUUUGGAACAAAUGGCUCACGACAAAUAUUUCUUAACAGCGUUAUAUAAGGAUGAAAGAAUUAUUUCCGCUAACAAGAAAGGAUCAGAAGAAUUACGAGAACUAGCUAGAAGUGCGCUUGCUGACGUUGAAAAACGACAAGAAGUUCUUAGAGAACGUAGACCGCUGUAUGCAGCACGAGCUCCAGAAUCAGAGGCUCGAGCAAGAUUAUCGAAAGCCCGAAAGCAAAGAAUCUUCAAUGCUCAACGCCAGCACAUAACAGAUGCUCGCCGCUUAAUAAAUGCAACACAAGAAAUGUACGAAAAACAUGAUACCUUAAAAUGUCUGGAAGCCGCUGAAUUUGGAAUGGAACAGUUAGCAAGAAUACCAGCAAGAUUACUACCGGGGAAGGAGAAACUUUUACAGGAAUUACAUGACAUAGUAGCAGAAGCUUUUCUGGACCAGAAACGUGUUAAAAAAGAAAUGAGCGAAGGAGAUCGUGAGAAAAGAGCUUUUAUACUAUUAGGAAUACCGAUAUCUAGAGAACCGAGUCGAGAUUCAAUCUUACGUACUCGUCCACCAGCACCUUGUCGGGACGCUAAACGAAGACUACGUACGCUAGAACGUUGUUUGACUCUAAGUAGUCAUGCUUCUGAACGCUGUUACGUCCUGCAUGAGUUAUCUCGUCUUCAUAUUGACAUUAAACAAGCGCACAGAGCUCGAUUUUAUGCUUCUAAGUGCCAAUCAGAAUCCAGAUCCGCAAACCAACGACUAUGGCUUAUCAAUGCUACAUUACUAUUGGCACGUUGUCAUAUCUUACAGAACAAUCGCCCUGAGAGUCGUGCUACAUUAUUAGAAGGGGCAGGACUUGCAAAAUCUUUUGGAUAUCCAGAUGUUGCUUCCUUCUUUGACACGUGUGUAGAUAUAUCUCUUGAGGGUGAACUUGGUUCAAAUGAUUCAAUAUUGGAAAAGCGUGAAAAAGCUGUGGUCAACUUAAUGCAAGACGAGGACAUGCGACAGGCAGCUCAACAUUUAUUCCGAAGAAUGUCCGCCAUACCCGCAUCGAGGUAUAUUAAUCCUAUUAGUUUCGUGUACAAGAACAUAUAUACCAUCCGUAGAUUUUGUAUGAAUAAUAACGAAGUAACGAGGAAAUAUUUGUUUAUUUGUUCCAAACAUUUCGGAUUUGGUAAAAUGUUUGAUCAACUACUCGAACAAAUCGAAAAUUCUAUUACUCAUUUUAAUAAACAAUAA